AUGACCAUCAACAUUAUCCCUCACCCUUUCGACCCGCUGUCAGCGGCCGAGAUUGAGCAGGCCAUCUCGAUCGUCAAGAAGGCCCACGGCAAUGACCUCUUCUUCAAUAUCGUCUCGCUGCAGGAGCCGCGCAAAGCCGAGAUGACGGCUUGGCUGCAGGCCCCUGAGACGGCGCCGCGGCCAAAGCGCGUUGCUGAGGUCGUCGUCAUUGCUCAGGACGGCAAGGUCUUUGACGGCCUGGUUGACCUCACUUCGGGUACCAUCACCAAGUGGGAUCUGCUUGAUGGCGAGCAGCCGAUUAUCACCAUGGAGGAGCUCCAACUGGUCGAGCACGUCGUCCGCACCGACCCUAAAGUCAUCGAACAGUGCGUCAUCAGCGGCAUCGACCCCAAGGAUAUGGACAAGGUCUACUGCGAUCCUUGGACCAUCGGCUACGACAAGCGCUUCGGUAGCAAGAAGCGCUACCAGCAGGCACUGAUGUAUUACCGGCCGGACAUCGACGACUGCCAAUAUCAGUAUCCUCUCGACUUCUGCCCCAUCUAUGACGCUGAGCAAAAGAAGAUCGUUCAUAUCGACAUUCCCGAGGUCCGCCGCCCGCUGAGCCGCGUCCCGCCGGUCAACUACCACCCCGCCGGAGUCGAAAAGAAGGGUGGCUACCGCACCGACCUCAAGCCCAUCUACAUCACGCAGCCGGAGGGCGUCUCCUUCAAGAUGACGGGCCGCUGGAUGGAGUGGCAGAACUGGAAGUUUCACAUCGGCUUCAACUACCGCGAGGGCAUCGUCUUCAACAACAUCACCUUCAACGACCAUGGCGUCGAGCGCCCCAUCUUCUACCGCUUGUCUCUCGCCGAGAUGGUCGUGCCCUACGGCAACCCGGAGCACCCACACCAGCGCAAGCACGCCCUCGACCAGGGCGAGUACGGCGCCGGCUACAUGACCAAUAGCCUUUCACUUGGCUGCGACUGCAAGGGCGCCAUCCACUACCUCGACGCGGACUUCCCUACCCGUGCGGGCGGCGUGCGCACGAUUAAGAACGCCAUCUGCAUCCACGAGGAAGAUAACGGUAUCCUCUUCAAGCACUCCGACUUUCGCGACGACUCUGUCAUCGUCACGCGCGCCCGCAAGCUCAUCAUCCAACAGAUUUUCACGGCGGCCAAUUACGAGUACGCCGUGGCGUGGAUCUUCCAUCAGGACGGCACCAUCCAGCCCGAGGUCAAGCUCACUGGCAUUCUGAACACCUACAGCAUGGACCCGGAUGAGGAUACCAAGGGCUGGGGCACCCAAGUUUAUCCUGGUGUUAAUGCACACAACCAUCAGCACCUAUUCUGCCUGCGGAUUGAUGCCAAUGUCGACGGGCCGAAGAAUACGGUUUUCGUGAACGAUGCCGUGCCUAGUGACGCGCCAGUCGGCAGCCCCGAGAACCCCUACGGGAAUGCCUUCUACUGCAAGCGCACAAAACUGGUCACCCCGGCGCAGGCCAAGACCGAUUACGAUGGCUCGACCAGCCGGUCGUGGGAGAUUGCCAACACCAACAAACUGCACCCGUACAGCAAGAAGCCUGUCUCCUACAAGCUGGUCAGCCGCGAGGUGCCGGGCCUGCUACCCAAGCCGGGCUCGCUGGUGUGGAAGCGCGCGCCGUUUGCUAGGCAUGCGGUUUGGGUUACGAAGUACCGCGACGACCAGCUCUACCCCGCCGGCCGCCACGUGCCUCAAACAUCAGGCGAAAAGCCGGUUGGCAUCGACGCCUGGCUUUCGGAGCCGGGAGUGGCCGACGAAAACAUUGACAACGAGGACAUCGUGCUGUGGCACACCUUCGGCCUGACACACUUCCCCGCACCCGAAGAUUUCCCCGUGAUGCCGGCCGAGCCGAUCACCCUCUUGCUUAGGCCGCGCAACUUCUUUGAGAACAACCCCGUCAUGGAUGUGCCUUUCUCGUACUGCCGCGUGCCGAGCCAAGUGCGGGAUGGCGUGCCCGGGUGGGAUAAGUACCGGUUGGUAGAUCGGAUUAGCAAGUUGGCUUUUGAUGAAGGGAAGGAGGAUGGGGAGAAGAAGGAGAAAGAGGUGAAUGGGUGCAAGGGUGGGUGCUGUGGGAAGUAA